AUCGUUUCACUUUUUCCUUGGUGUCGCCAUUGCUUAAUAAGAUAUCAUUUACGUAACCCGUGAGAGUUGUGGUUGUCAGAAUGGAGAGUAUUAAUGUAACAAAAGGACAAAGUGUUUUAGUGCUAUGGGGAGGUAACCAGCCUACUGAAAAUAUGACUGAUGUUGUUAAUAGUUUAAAGGAAAAAGUUGGCCCAUCUGGAAGAGUUCAGCUAGAGCAUGUUGGUAGAUUGAAUUUUGCCAAACACCCUGAUUCAAGUUUUGAUGUGGUCUUAUCUGGAGUGUUUCAACCUGGAGUUAUCUCCCAUACAAUAGAAUUAUUAGGUGAAGUGUGUGCUAUAUUAAAAAUUGGCGGUAAAUUAUAUCUUCGUGAAAUUAUCAGUAAAUCAAAUCCUACACAAGAAUUAAAAACAGCAGACAAUUUAUGUCGUGAAAUCAAACUAUCAGGUUUUAUUGAUAUAUUACAGCCUAGUCUGGUACCACUAAGUGAUGAUGAUAAAAGUGCAUUAAUUAAAAGUAAGAAUCAUGGGGAUAUAGAUUUAGUACAGGUAGAAGCAAGUAAGCCAAGUUAUGAGAUUGGUUCAUCAACCCAAUUAAAACUUAAUUUUACAACAGUUCCUCAAGCCAAACAAGAAAUAGAUCCACAAGUAGCAAAAGUAUGGACCUUAAAUAGUAAUGAUUUAGAAGAUAAUGAUAUAGAAUUGCUAGAUUCAGAUACAUUACUAGAUCCUGAAGAUUUAAAAAAGCCUGAUCCUUCCACACUAAAAGCUGGUUGUGGUCCUACAAGAAAAAAAGCUUGUAAAGACUGUACAUGUGGUUUAGCAGAAGAGUUAGAUAAUGGUGAUGAUACCAAACAGUCAAACCUUUCAUCUGCUUGUGGCAGUUGUUAUUUAGGUGAUGCAUUCAGAUGUUCCAGUUGUCCUUAUCUGGGUAUGCCAGCUUUUAAACCAGGUGAAAAAGUCUCAUUAAGUCAAAGACAGAUGAAAGCUGAUGCUUAAAUAUUGGCCAUCAGAAAUUGAAUUCCACAGGAAACUCUCUAUACUCCAUCUCUGUACAACAAUUAUUGAAAAUCAUAGUUCUAAAUAUUCAAUUUUAAUCAUGUGUAAAAUCAAAGUAAAUCAAUCCCUGUUAGAUUAACAAUGUUAUCGUAAAUACUAGAUAUUGGUAUGUUUGAGAAUGCUACAUGUAUAGGGAUGAAAGAUGUAGAUAUUAAAGAAUGUGAUAAUUCAAAUUUCUAGCCAAAGCUGCAUAUAUUAUUCAAGGGGUUUUCAAUGUGGAGGUAAUUUUUCCUGAUGGGGUAAUUUUGGCAUCUUUUGGGUAAUGAGGCGCUUUGUAGUGUGAAAGGGGGUAAAAGAAAGAAAAAAAUUGAAAACCCUUGUUGAUUAAUGAAGCAAAUUUUCAAGGCCACUACUCUACCUUGAAAUAUCUGAGGUUUUUAUUCCAGCCAACCUAAGCAAAGUCUAUUCACUUGAAAAGGGAAACAGUUAAGAAAACUGAUUUUCAAUCUACAAUAAAAAUUGAAAACUGGAUAUCAUGUACGUUAAGUAUAAAGCAUACAUUUAAUUCGAUGGGAUCAAUACAUGGUUGUUAACUGUCAUACUUACGAGGCAAAAGGGUGUAAGGGAACAACUUUGUAGGGAAUGUAUCUUUAAUAGAAGUAAAUAACAAAGAGUUUACAAUAUAGUUAUAUAUAAUUUAUAAUGGUAAUAGUAAAAUUUAAAAUGGAUAUAGCUCUCUAAUCAUUCCCUUGCAUUGGCUUCAAAUGAGCCAAAACGACAAGACCAAGUGAUCCUUUCCUCCUGGCCCUAACCUUGUGUUCAGAUCUGAGGCCUGCACUAUUUAAGAUAAAGUU